CCACAACCCUUAUCCCCUCACCGUUCCAAAUCAAAGCAAAUUCAGAUCUCCCAAUUCUAUUUUCGAAAACCUAAUCUCUCUCUCUCUAGAUUCGAUGGCGCCCAAGGCCGAGAAGAAGCCCGCGGAGAAGAAGCCGGCGGAGGAGAAGAAGACGACCGCAGCCGAGAAGGCCCCGGCGGAGAAGAAGCCCAAGGCGGGGAAGAAGCUGCCGAAAGACGCCUCCGCUGCGGCUGGGGAAAAGAAGAAGAAGAGGACGAAGAAGAGCGUGGAGACGUACAAGAUCUACAUCUUCAAGGUGCUGAAGCAGGUCCACCCCGACAUCGGGAUCUCGAGCAAGGCCAUGGGGAUCAUGAACAGCUUCAUCAACGAUAUAUUCGAGAAGCUGGCCCAGGAGGCGUCCAGGCUGGCCAGGUACAACAAGAAGCCCACCAUCACUUCUCGGGAGAUACAGACGGCGGUGAGACUUGUGUUGCCUGGUGAAUUGGCCAAGCACGCCGUGUCUGAGGGCACCAAGGCCGUGACCAAGUUCACUAGCUCUUGAAUCCGUUCGAUUGGUGGAUUUGGUGUUCGAAGGUUGUUUUAAUUUGUUUUGUGUUGCGUAUCUAGGGUUAGGGUUAGGUGUUUGGUUGUUAGGGAAGUGGUAGUGUAUAAUGCUUUUGUUUUCUGUUUGGUCGGUUGUGGAAUUAAACGAUUGGUAGUUUCGUGAUGCAUCAAGGAAUGUCUGAUAUAGAUUCGAUGUUCGUUUGAUUUUA